GCAUCGAGUACAACCUCGUGCGCGUCCCCAUGGCCAGCACCGACUUCUCCGUCCACUUGUACACCUACGCCGAUGCAGAGGGUGACUUUGAGCUGAAGCACUUCAACCUGACGGAGGAGGACACGCGGAUGAAGGUGAGCCUGAGGCACCGGGGCUGGGGUGCAAUGGCAGGGAGGGGGACGCUGAAGGGCAGCCCCGGGGACAAGUACCACAAGACCUGGGCCAACUACUUUGUACGGUUCCUGGACGAAUACGCCAAGCACAACCUGACCUUCUGGGCAGUGACAGCAGGGAACGAGCCCACGGCCGGAGAGAUCGUUCUACCCUUCCAGUGCCUGGGCUUCUCCCCUGAGCACCAGCGGGACUUCAUCGCGCAGGACCUGGGCCCCGCGCUGGCCAACAGCUCCCACCGCCACGUCCAGCUCAUCAUCCUGGAUGACCAGAGGGUGAUGCUGCCCUACUGGGCCCAGGUG